AUGCCACCAACCAAGAAAAGAAAGCUAGAUGUUAAACCUACACAAGAGCACGCUGAAGGAGACGUAAACGAGGAUGUAUCGAUGAAAGACGGCUCCGAAGACGAGCCAGGCUGGUCGUCUGAAGGAGACGAAGGAGGCUCCAAUGAAGGAGGCUCGUCGCCGGACACAGAAGAUGAAAUAGCCCUCGCACAUAUGAGGAAAAAGUCGAAAAAGACUGCAAAGCGCAAGAUUCGGGCGAGCUCACCGUCGCAGUUUGGGAGCAAGCUCGAGGCGCUUUUGUCAACAACGACACCGUCUGCACAACCAUUGGCACUCAAAAAGUCUGUUAACAAGCGGAUUAAGGCCCAAAAGGAAGAGCUCAGGGCAAAAAAGGCCCAUGGGCAAGAGAGAAAAGAGCACGAGGAGGUUGGGAGAAUCACCGACGUGAUUGGAGGAUGGGGUGGUGAGAAUGAACGAGCGUUGAGAAAGGUUGCGCAACGAGGAGUGAUACAGCUCUUCAAUGUGAUUCAAAAAGCGCAACAGGCAAAGUCCUCGGAAGAGACUGCCAAACUUGCAUUACGUGGCUCUGGAAAACCAACACUGGAAAAGCCUGACCUCAGGUCGAAACGUGACAAGAAGAAACGAGCCAUCGUCCCGUCAAAAGAUGGUGCGUCUAUUAAUGCCGUGUACAUCCAAUUAUCUGAUAUCCUAUAG